GGAGUGAGCAACAGUUCGUGGUAAAUCGAUGUUAUUGUCCCCAUCAGUCGCCAGCACAGUGGGACAUCAGUGAAACAUGAAUGACUCCGAGGACGGGAGGGUGCAGCAGCUGUGCUCCCUGGAUGAGGAACACCUGAUAACCAGCGGCACCAGAUACUCCAUCAAAGGCUUCAGAUUCGAACCACCCUAUGUCCUCAAAAGAGCUGCAGGGCACCUGUGCCAUGGCCAUGUCCCCAUUGUGCUGCAGCUGUUAUGUCUCACACUCUCUGCUGUUCUCCUUCUGGCUGUCCUCAUCAAAGUCUCCAGUAUUGCCAAUACGCAGGGACGAGAACAGGCAAAGAAGGAGAAGGUUUACAAGGAGAUGAGUCAACUGAAGCCUCAAAUAAACCGCCUGUGCCGCCCCUGCCCCUGGGACUGGACCCUCUUCCAAGGAAACUGUUACUUCUUCUCCAAGUUCCAACAGAACUGGCAUGACUCUGUCACCGCCUGCAGAGAAGUAGGAGCCCAACUAGUGGUUAUCAAAAGUGAUGAGGAACAGAGCUUCCUGCAGCAGAUGUCUAAAGAGAAAGGCUAUGCCUGGAUGGGUCUGUCAGAUCUGAAGCAUGAAGGCAUGUGGCACUGGCUGGAUGGUUCACAUUUGCUGUUCAGUUUCAUGAAAUAUUGGAACAAAGGAGAGCCCAACAAUGAAGGAGAAGAAGACUGUGCAGAAUUCAGAGAUGAUGGCUGGAAUGAUGCCCCAUGUGCAGUGGAGAAAUACUGGAUUUGCAAAAAGUCUGCUAUGUCCUGCACCAAAAACUGAUGUCUCAUCUGUCUGUAGCACCUGUUGCCAAAAUGACCCUGUGGAGUGACUGAACUUAACCCACAAUGUAUGCCAGUUCCUUCCUCUGUGAACAUGAAAGACUUAACUGCAGCUGUUUCCUUGUUUGCCCUCCCCUGUAUGCCUGUGUGUGUGUGUGUGUGUGUGUGUGUGUGUGAGAGAGAGAGAGAGAGAGAGAGAGAGAGAGAGAGAGAGAGAGAGGAGAGGGGGUGUCUCAUUUUUACCUUGAGACCACCAUGAGGGUAUGUUUUGGAAGUGAAGGGAGUCUGAUUGUUAUGGCAGUGGAGAAGUACAGACAUGCUCUCUGUUCUGGUCAAGUUUCAGCAAUAACAGACUACAACAUGGAACGCAAGUGAAAUAAACUCUUUAUCUUCUAAA